ACUCGACGUGUAUUUCGUAAAAGUUGGCCGUCAUCAGCCGUCAUUUUGUUAUAUUUGUGUAUUUUGUCGGCAAUUUUAUGUGAUUAAUCGUAAAAAAUGGCAAAAUUGGUCGAUAUAUACAAUUGCGAAAAGGAGCCCGUUAUUAAACGUCGGCAAUUACCACUUACUAUUUACGAAAAUCUAACUAUGAUUAUGGAUCUAAAUACAAUGGGCCUUAUUUGUGACAACCCUCAAGUUAAAGGUCGUGAAUAUGAAGAGUUCAUGCGCAAGUACAGAAUCCUUACGACAGACGAAUUAAAGUCAGCCCUAAGGGUCGACGCCACUGAUAUAUUUAACGUUUUAAAUCAAAGCAUUCCUUGCGUCGGCUGCCGAAGAAGUGUUGAAAGACUGUUUUACCAGUUAUGCAAAUCAGGACACCCAACUUUAGAUCCACUUAUUAUGAACACAGAUGAAAUUAUGACAAUCAGAGAAGAUAAAAUCAUACAUUCACAGUCACUAGCUACUUUGUUAAAUGGUCACAGUACUGGCAUUGAAUGCCUUAUUCUCAGUCAACCGAGGUGGAAGAAAUCACAGCGUUGCACAUUACAUUCACUUGAAGCUGGCACAGCGAGGGGAUGGGGUGCAACUUCGACCUGUGGGUGGGGAUGGGGCGCAUGGGGCUGGGGUGGCAGGGCUGCCUGGAGAGCGGCUUGGGAUGCGAUGAGGGCCUCGGCCCGGGAACACGUCACCUUAGUCCACUUCAACACCCUGCACGACACCCUUCACAACUAUCUAAGGAAACACAGAUUUUGUGCGGAUUGCAAGACAAAGGUAUUGAGAGCAUAUCAGUUAUUGGUUGAAGAGAAAGAGCCGCAGAAGGAGAAAGGUUACGUCGGUGCGUUAUACGGCGGUAUCAAACGUUGUUUGCUAGAUAAGCACCUACAUUUACAAGCCAAAACGGACUAUAUCGCACACCUUAUAGCCAGGGCGGAGCCGGAAUUGCUUGGGAACCAUCGCGAAAGACACGCCAAAACUUUAGAAAUUGCACAGGAAGAGGUGUUGAUAUGCCUCGGGAUAUGCAUCUACGAGCGCCUGCAACGCAUAUCGCUGCGACUGCGCGAGGAGGAAGGCACGUGUCAAACACUCGCCGCGGUCGCGGUGGAGGCGUUAUACCGCAAGUUCGAGACCGCGGUCGAGAUGAAGAGCGGCGUUUCCAAGCUCCAGCUGUUGUACGACGAAAUAACUCAGGAGGAAGUCACACGGCAGCAGAGGAAAGAACAGAAAAAACUCAAACGGCGUAAGAAGAAGGAGCGACAGGCGGGCGAAGGAAAAUGCAAGGAAGCAGACUCUGAGGAACCCGAAGAAAAGUGCCAAUGUGAGGAAUGUUUAAUGGAAGAACGAGACACGCCAACCGACUUGCUAUCGCCACGCGAAUACAACCAGUGCUACGAAGGGACGUUGCUGCAGUCAAGCGACAGUUGCCACUCGUGUCAGGAGGAUUACACAAAACACUGUUCACCUAAGAAAUUGGGAAAGCAGCAAACCAAAAACGGGAACCUCUCUCCAAACGAACAGCACGACUGCGGCUACUCGUCCGGAAAUAACGGUGGAUGCUGUGAGACUUUGUCUGGCUCAUCCUCUCUAAUGAGCUCUCCGGAAGGUUCCGAAGUCGCUUGUUCCGAAGGAUUCUGUAAUCAUGAGAGAGGGGACUGUUCGGAUAAUAAAAACGAUAAGAUAACAUGCACUGGUUUCACACUUUCACUGCAAGAAAUGCUGGACACAUGUUCAUCAGAUGAAGAGCAAGAUACCAGUUAUAUUCCCCUUGAAGAAGUAUUGGAGUUCAAAUCAAGAAUAAACAUAACAGAGAAAAGGCAAGAGCUUAGACAGAACCUUCGGCAGAAAUUUGCUCAGUUAUGUGUGAAUCCCCAAACACAGCCAGUCCCAAAGAAGCAAGGGAAAAAUUCUGCAUAACCAGUGUCAAAAUACUGUAACAUUCAAACUGCACACACGAAACCAGUAGCGAACAAAACUUUAAAAAAUACAUUACAAUGCAAUAAUUUAAGAUUUAAUUGUCAUAUAAUUAUUAAUUUUCUUGCAUAUUCACAAUGCUAGAUGCAUGUUAUAGAGCAAAACUGCUUUCCUUGCAAGAAACAAGGUACCAAUAUUAGUGGACUUAAGUUACAAAUAACAAUAUAGGGACUAAAUUGAUAUUCCAAGAAUCUUUUUUAAAUAAUGUCAAUAAAAUUUCCAAUAAAAAUCAUACUUCUGAGAUAAAAUAAAUUAAGUUCAAUGAAAUAUUAAAAUUUUGACGUACAAAUGUUAAAUUGAAUUUGAAAAAGGAAAAGGUGCUUAUAGGAUAUGUAUUUGAUAUAUUGUAACAGUUUAUAUUCUGUAAUAAUUAUAAGUUAAAAUAAAGUGCAUGUUUGAAUGAUUCCAACUAUUUAUGAUAUUAUGAAAUUAUAAUCGACUGGAAUGAAUAACCAGCAUUUAAUAUUUACUAUUAAAAAAUAUUAAAAGGCUUUGUAAUGAAAUAUAGUAGCAUUUUUGAUCAAAUCAUUUUAUUUUCAUGCUUUAUGUGACUCAGUCUUAUGUGGUACACAAUAGAUUAUUUUUGCUCCUUAUGAAAAUGCUAUAUCAGCAAAUUGUUAGGAGUUACUAUGGCUAUAUUGCCAUUGUUAUAAAAUCUGAAAACAUUUGUAACUCAGUUUUAAAUAUACUAUCAAGUCUAAA